CCGGUGUUGGCCCGCGCAUCUAAGCGUCCAGGAGUUCGGCAAAGCCAUUUAUCGUGCUUGCGGCAUUGCAGGUCCACUGCAGCAUUGAGUACCAGCACCGGCAUACCAACUCGACUAAGUUUCCUCCCCCUGGUACUGGGCCCGCUGCAGCGAUCCUCGGGCCCAUCUCCUCGUGUGUCGGGAGGCUGCUGGAGACCACCCGCAAGAGGAUGGUGAGGCUCGGUGGCCUUGCCGUGCUCCUGCUCAGUCCCAGGAGGACUAUCGCGAUCUCUCUAGAGGAAGCAGCAGACCACGCUGGGCCCAGCGCGCGGGAGUGAAGACACGGGUCUCCCCGCGGUGAUGAAGCCCGAGACAGCGGACAUCAUUGCGGCGACCGCGCCUGUGGUGGCCCCGAAGGCCGAGGACAUCACGAAGAUGUUUUACAGCGGCAUGUUCAAGGAGAACCGCGAGCUGCUCGCCUACUUCAACUCCGCGCACAACGUGCCCAACUCAACUCCCCAGCCGCAUGCGCUGGCCGCCACGAUCGUCGCUUACGCAAGCAACAUACAAGACUUGUCCCCACUGCUGGUGCCCAAAGGGCCGGUGGCGGCAGUCUGUCACAGGCAUUGUGCGUUUUGCAUUGAUCCCCGCAGUACCCCGUCGUGCAUGACAAUAUGAUGGCGGCGGUGGGCAAGAUCUUCGGGGAGGCUGUCACGCCUUAGAUUGGAGAAGCCUGGAGUGAGGCAGUCUACUUCCUUGCGAAGGCACGCAUCGACACAGAAGAGCCCCUUUUACCAGAUGGCAGAGAAGCGUUCGGGUGGUCGGUCCGGCCUGGAGACUUUUGAAGUGGCCGACAUCAAGAACCUAGCGCAGGACAUCAAGAGCUGCUCCUUCAAACCGCCGCGCUGCUCGCAGAUCUUCGGGCGGGCAUUCGAGUUCACAGAGGGCCAGUAAUUCAUUCUGAAGGUUGACCCAGAGGGCGCCGGUUUCACCGCCAAGCGUCACUACACGGUAACGUCGCCGCCUGGCGUCGAUUUCUUGCUGUGCACGGCCAAGAAGAUUCAAGGGGUUGAGGCUUCCACGCACUUGCACGAGAAGCUCAUGGUUGGAGAGAAAGUCCAGCUCACGGCCCCGUUCGGCAUCUUCACCCUCGAGUCUUCCACUGAGCCCAGCGUGUUCCUUAGCGCGGGCAUCGGGGUCGCCCCGAUGGUUAACUUCUGCAAGGCCCUCGGAAGCACUGUCUAGCUCGCUCUGUCACACGGGCCUCUCGUGCCCCAUGUCGAACUCAUCCGAACGCCCGUGCGCGCGCGGUGGAGGGGCACGAUCCGUGC